AUAGUCCUCAGUCAUGCAUCUCAAUCUUUUCUUUGUGGCGGCUGCUGCCAUCCUCGCUGUUACCACCACCAUCCAGGCGUCAGCUGCUGUAAAUGCUGUAGCCGAUGCCGCACGGCAGGACAUGACUACCAUUGAGAAGGCCAAUCCGUCCAUGGAUCUCAAGAGUGGUACAGGAAAACACGUUCAUGCCGAGCUGUCCAAGCGUAAAGUCGCGAGCUACACGGUGCGUCAAAGAACAGAAAAGAUCGGCACCCAGGAAGGAACCAAAGGCUCUACUCUAUCCGGUGAAAAACAAAAACGCUCUCCACCGGGCCGUGUAAUCCAGGGCGCCGCAGGUUCGCUCCGUGCAAAAACCAAGAAUCUCUUUGGAGGACAAAAGAAGUCAUCGCUAGUGCCUAUCCCGCCCAAACGAUCUCUACAACGCAAACGUAGCAGCGUCCAAAGUGACGCCGCCUAAAUUACAUAAUAAUGACAGUAAGAUUUUUCUUUAGUUUCCAUAAUGUGUAGUGGCCAACAGAAAAAGUUCGGGAACAGUACCAGGGUACUCUCCUAAGUAUAGCCCGCUUUUCUUAGAAAGCUCAUCAUUGAAGUGCCUUGUAAUUCACUCGAAAAUUAGCCCGAAUUAAACUAUGUAAUUCCAAAGGACUUUUUCCACGUAAUUGAAGCUUUAUCAAGUAUAUGAAGCCAUUAGAAUAGAUCAACUGAAAGGAAAUAAAAAAAAACCAGCAAAGAUUUGCCAUGGAGG